UUGCAAUCAAACUAUAAUUUUUCGGCAAUUUUCGGGAGUGAUUUGAUUAGGGACCGAUUCAGUUCGAUCCGGGAAAAAGUUUCGCGAUAAAGUUACAUUCGAUUAUCGAAGUUUGAUGAUAGUUUGUUCAACUAGCAGAUUUGUGUACGGUGUAAAAAUCUUCACGGUAGGUGGCUUGUUUCCAAUCGCUCUGAAGGAAAGUGCAGGAAAAGAUGUUUACAAAACUGUUACCAAGCAUUCGAAACUGGAAAUCGGUGCCAUAGUGUUUACUGCGUAUGAGAAUUACAAAUUUCGCUAAGGAAAUUGUACCAACAGUGCAAUAAAAGUGAUCAAAAGCUGGCAAAAAAAAUGUCUUGUUUACAAUUUAUGACAUUUGUUAGAAAUUGUUGCCAGUGUGUGUGUAAGAUCCACCAAAAAUAAUAGAUAAUAAAGCGAGCUGGUGUGUGUAUGGGUGGGCUUUCCACUCAAGGUGGUGUGGAUUGAUUGAAAAGUAGAAAUCUGCUGGCAGUCGUCUAUAAACAUGAUCCGUUCUGUUGACAAAAUUUCCAUGUCAAACCUGUGAGUUAUUUUCGUGCGACAUUAUAAGAGUGUUAUUGGUGGUUUACUUGUGAUUUUUGUGCCGAAAUUCGUGGGUUAAUCUUAUUAAACAAGUGCUAAUGAACGUUUUCAAAUGGUUUUUCGUCAAAACGAAAAGUUAUUAAUGGUUUUAAGUGAACACCAAUACUAACGCGCCGACAGUGCACUGGAACGUUUGAAAGGGCUACGGAAAAACGUUUGCUUGUGUUGGGUCCUAAUGUAAACACGUACAACUUAUACGCAAGCAAUUGAUACGGAAAAUAAAAACUAAAAAAUGUAGGCAUUCUUCAUUUUUGAAUAUGAACUAACACCAUGGGCUUGUGAUGUAAAAUCAAUGAAAAAUCGCAUCAAACAGUUUCGCAAUUCCUAAGAAGAUCUCCGGAGUUCACAUUCCCACAACCGCGAAGAAACAUGAGUUCAAUGAGAAGAUCGGUUGAAUCUCAGUAGUAUUCAUCACAGUUACUCAGUUUCCGAUACAAACUUUACAAAAUACUUUGAGGAAGAUGGAAACGUUAGCAGAACCCAGUAUUGUUCCGGAGCUUCGUUCGGAAGCUCUGAUACCCGAGUCGCCGGACGACGAACGCGUUCUGCACCAUCACCACAACAAUAACAACAACGAGGAAGAUGUCCUACUAAGAUCAGCCGGCCAUCCCAACAAUCUGCUCGAAGAACAAUCGCAAUCCUCCCAAGACAGUGGCAGUAUAGUGUCUCCUCAUCCGGAGUCCGGAACCACGCCCGAGGAAACAGUCGAAAACAUUGCCCUGGCAGUCAAUCACACCUACUCAGACAAUACCUGCCAAGAGACCACCGACUCGCAGCCGGAACAGGAUUUCGUUGAAAAUACCGACUCCAGCAGUAUACCGUGCGCCAUGGUUUCCGCCAAUCCCGAUGAUCCGGAAGCAAGCUCAUCCUCUUCCACGGAUCAACCGCCGGAACUGGCGGCGGGUGGGGUGCCGCAGAUGGCGCCAAAAAUUCACAUCGCCCCAAUUUCUAACGGGCGCAGCAUGGCGGUGGUUAAAUCUUCGGGUAAACCGACAACGAUGCGUGAUUUGGACAGAAAAAUGAACAAAUCGCGCGGCCGGCCGAAACGGCGAGGCAUGGUGGCCAUGUAUCAAAGUCAGAUAAGCGAUAACAAAAUCGGCAUAAAACUGUGUAUCAAGAAGGCUUCUGAUGCGAUAGUACAACAACCAAAGAGGGCCGGCCGCAAGCGGACCCGAAAACCGACCCGGAACCUUACCGAUCUGGAUGCCGAUAGCGACGACGAUGCCGGCUCGGAUACCCCGGAGAAACGGGUUCGGCGCCCGAACCGAACGCGCAAUCGCGCAACCCGUACCCGCAACACCACCACCACCAGCAAUAACAACACCGACAAGAUGGAGGAAGAAUACAAACGGCCCGAAGAUCAGAGCGUCUGGGCCGACCAGCUACCGGAGCACGUGCUGUGCAUGAUCUUCCAGCAAGUGAUACAGGAGGACGGUUGCAUACCUUCGUUGAUUCGGUUCGGCAAAGUGUGUUCGGCCUGGCGAAAAGCUUCCCUGGUGCCUUCCCUCUGGCGGACGGUAGAUCUCGGCAACUGGACCAAAGAUCGGUUUAAAACCGAGAUCAAGCUUAAAUGGUUGAUUGAGAACCGACUUCGGCAUAGUACGGAUGUUAGCUUCGGUAACUGGAAGGUAACUAAUGUUCAGUGCGUUCUGGAUAAGUUACUGGUGGCGGCCCCCAACUUGAUCAGCAUCACCCUGACAGGUUGGAAGGCACUCACUUCGGAUCAUCUGACGUUUCUUGUCCAGGAGUUCAAGAACCUCCAGAGGAUCGAUCUCAGCUCAGUCAAUGCCGAGGUCAACGCCAACAAAACAGCCGUCGGACAGGUUUCCUUAUGUAACGCGAUAGCGCUCAUGGGAGACCGUUUAACGCAUCUGUACCUGGCGCAUAAUCGACUCAGCGGCAUUCCACAAAUCAUCAAAGCUCUAUCGACACAAUGUCCCAACCUGCAGCUUCUUGAUCUGUCCAACGUUACAACCGUUGCCAUCUCUCACGGUAUACUCAACAUAGAACAGCUGCAGCACGGUUGCCAACAGUUGAAGGUACUCCGAAUAACAAACUCCCACAUCAACUUCAAUACGGCCACGUUACAGGAGCAGAUGGAAUCUCCUGGCUUCCCGUUACUGGAGGAACUAUCCGUUGCGUCCUUGGCCGAUGAGUCGCGCAUGUUCAAUGACGAGUUUUUGCAGCGGAUUCUCAAAACCAGCACCCAGCUGAAGCUGCUCGAUGUGCGGGGCUGCUCCCGGUUAACGCACGACAGUCUGAUUCGGUUACCAACCUGGGAUCUCAAGCAUCUCUUCUUGUCCGGAUGUUCUAUUACGAGGGAUACGGGGUCCGGCCUGGAGCUGAUCGCCUCCAAGUGGGCUCACAGCAUGAUCGAGUUCGACUUGGCAUGGGCCAACGCAACCAAACCGUUGGACGAAGCGUUGAAGGCCUUGGCCGAUAAAGGAUCCGAGUGCCCCUUGAAUCACCUCAAUCUCUGCGGCUCCUCGGUUUCCCCGGAAGCGGUCAAAGAGGUACUGACCCACUGUCCCCACAUCAAUUCCAUCAAUCUUUCCUCCUGCCGGGGGCUUCCUCGCGGCGUCAAACGGCUGCUGCAAGGACCGAAAGAGAUGGCCGAAUUGCGGGAAAAUAUGGGCGUAACCCUUAAGCUUCCGAAAAGCGAUUAAGGAGAGGUUUUAUUUCCCAAAAAACUGACCGCAACUUCAUCUUCCGUCGAAUUCUGGUAAGUGGAUGUUUCCACCUGGAAUCCAGCGAACGAUCACGACCGUGUCCGAUUUACUAAUACGUUCGUCUACGUAGUUAUAAAAUGUUUUUCGAUGAGAUUAUUUACGAUUUAAUAAUGUGGCAUGGUUAUGCAAAUAAGCCCAACUACGGUAGCUUUUUGUCGCAAACGAGAACUAAUGUUAGUAUCUUUUAAGAUAUAAAUACAGUUCAAGCUGAGAAAAGUGUCAAAGUACGUUUGGGUGUUUGCAUAAAAGACGAUUUUGUGAUAAUUUUACUCAGUGGACGCAGCUUGAUUAACGUUAUUUUUACUUCUCAAACCCCAUUCAAGUAGCGAUAAGUAUUUCCCCAAAAAAACCAACAGUUGCUGAAAUCCAUUUAUUUGCUACAUAACUAGUGUCUGUUGAACAGGUUUUAGUUUAAAAGAAAAGGUAUUAAAUACUAACUGAUACACAUUACUUGCAUAUAGUGCUACAGAAAAUUUUAAAAUAAUGUAAAUAAAUUGAAUGUUUUCCAUACAACCUGAGGUUAGAGUUUUGCGUCAAGAAAUUUCAUCUAACUCGGUAAUUUCGAAACCAUCAUUUUUAAACGAGGAAAUGCUGCUAAUGUAAUAUUUUGUUAGCUUUGAAAUUUUCAGUAUUUUUUUUCAAUAAAAAAAUUUCAAUCUUCUGCUAGCUCUCUAAUUUUUUUCCAAAUGCGCUAGACCUUCUCGAUUUUUUAUCAAAAAUAUGAAAUCUGAGUUCGGAAAAAAAUUUAAAAAAUGAACAGGAAAAAUUUUAGGAAGACACUCCAAAUAAUCUAAACUUCUCCAAAUCUGAUUUGUUUCCGAACUUUAAAGUUUUCUAAUUUUGAGUUCUGUUCAUUUAUCGAGAUUGGUUUAGAAACGACUUUCUCUAUACUGUGACUUUCUGAUCAAAAAAAAUCUGGUUUUAUUAGACUGAUGUUUCUUUCUAAAAUUAUUUUCAAAUCCAUAACUCCAUUAUUCGAGCAAAGUUAAAAAUGAAUCAUCGUGCUUCUAAAUUUAUGUGAUCCCAUCCUCUUGACGUUAAGUAAAUUCGUUCGAUUAUUAAGCUAACUAAGUAAGGACCCCUGCAUAUUAUUGUACAUUGUUACGAUUCCGUAUUUAAGCUGGAUUUCUAUACACAAAAUGUAGUCGGUAAGAUCUUAAAAUAACAGUGUAGAUUAGAAAAAAAACUUUAUAUGCGGUAGUUUGUAAAAACUAAAGGCGGUCAUAUUUUAUUUAGUUUUACUUUAACAGCUAAGGUAAUCAAGUACUAGUAAAGAUGAGAAAAAAUAAAACUUUUAAAAAUGAAACACUUGUUGCAAUAAUUUUGUCGCUCUAAGCUUAAGGUUUCUCUCCCGGGGGACAGCAUUACAAAGAUGCGUCUUAAAAAACAUUUCGCAGCUGCAGGCUGUAGAAAAUAAAAGAAAACAUUUAAAAAAUAGGUUUUCAAUAGAUUAAAACACACGCGACUCACGCUACAACUUACAAACAAAAAUACAAAAAUCAAACCACAAAAAGGAGCGUUGUAUACAAACUAAACUAUCGAAAAGCCAGAUUUUGAGAUUCAAUUUACCACUAGUUGAGUUUCGGAAAGAAAACAAGUUCAACAUACACACCCUCACAUGCACAACUUACACUCUAAAAAUAAACGGUAGCAAAAAUGGUUCGAAUACACCGACACACGUAGCAGCUAAUGUUAAAACACACAGAAAAUUGAAAACCAUUUCCCGGAGAAAUCAAGAUUAAACUUGAAGAAAAGAAAAUCACACAAACACAUUCAAAUUGUAAUAAAAUAAAUCAAAUAAAUGAGUUGAUUAGACUAGAAAUAGUGAUCGAUUCUAUUGUAGUAGAGAACUAUAAUUUAUUAUACAGAACAAAGGAAACCUUCCCCAUUUUUGCAAUGGGAAAAAUCAAAACCCUAGCAUUCAUUAAGGUCAAACACAGAAAACAAAAAAUGAAUAAAACGAAAACUCCACCCGCGUUUGGUUUGAAGUUGUCGACGAAAAGACGUACAAAAUUUUUGCCACUUUCGGUUGCUUUUAGAGUCUAUUACGGUUUAAGAGAAGAAAAAAAAUUGAGGAACAACAAACAAAAUUGAGCGAAACAUACAAACAAAAAUUUAGCAAACAAAUAAAAGAAACAAAAAAUGAAAAACAAGCAAACAAAAACAAAACACAAGCGGAGUAAAAACUGUACAUUUUUAUUGAAAACAACAAAGUCGUUUUGUUUAUGAUCAUUAUAAA